AUGGCUCUGGACACGUCCCUUGUCCUGUUCCCACUGCUCAUCCUGGUGCUCCUGGGGCUGAUGUGGGUCCAGCCUCCUCAGGACCCAGAAUCCUCGGCCAUGAGGUUCAGGCGGCAGCACGUGGACUCAGGCAGCUCCCGCACCAGCAACCCCAACUACUGCAAUGAAAUGAUGAAGAGCAGGAAGAUGACACAGGGGCGCUGCAAGCCCGUGAACACCUUCGUCCAUGAGCCCCUGGCAGACAUGCAGGCUGUCUGCUUCCAGAAAAAUGUGCCCUGCAAGAACGGGCAGCCCAACUGCUACCAGAGCAGCUCCAACAUGCACAUCACAGACUGCCGCCUCACAGGCAGCUCCAAGUACCCCGACUGCUCGUACCGCACCCACCAGGAGGAGAAGAGCAUCAUCGUGGCCUGUGAGGGGAACCCGUAUGUGCCGGUCCACUUCGAUGCUUCUGUGGAGGCCUCUGCCUAAGCCAGGGCAGCGAGACACCCACCUCGUCCCUUACCUUCAACUCAA